AUGACUCAAAACUCAUUUAAGACUUUACAGGAAGCUUUGCUCCUUAGUCUGGAAGAAAAGCUAAUACAUGACGAAGAAUUUGCCGUGCUGUAUGAAGAAUUCACUCCACAAAACCUUCCGUUUCGCCACUGGGAUUACGAAAAAUUUUCCCUCGAAAACAAAGACCCCGCAGAGUGUAAGGCAGACUUCAGAUUUGAAAAGAGUGACAUCUCAUUGCUGGUGGAUGUUUUACAGAUGCCUGAUACCUUCACAUGUCCGGAUGGUACCGUUUGUGAUUCAACAGAAGGACUUUGUGUUAUACUAAAGCGCUUUAGCUAUCCAUGUAGGUUGUCUGAUAUGAUUUCUACUUUUGGUCGAUCAGUACCCGAGCUCAGCAUGAUUAGCAAUGAAGUCACUGAAUGGAUGUAA